UGACCCAGAGUUCGCUUUCACACGCUCCGCACGACAUCUUCCUUUUAUGAUGAAGGCUGUUUUGAUAGCUUUGCCGGUUCUCUUUUACUGUUUGGAACAGAGGUUUAUACUUGGGCAGGAACCACUUUGCCAAUCUCACUCUUCGUGUUCUGAAUGUAUAAGGAGUCCUGGAUGUGCGUGGUGCACACAGACGGACUUCCUGAAAUCAGGUGAGUCAAAUGAACGGCGAUGUGAUUCUCCCGAGGCUCUGAAGGCCAGGAGAUGUAAAGAGGAUCAUGUGAUCAAUCCUGGAAAACAUCCCUUGACCUAUGUGAAGAACAGUGACCUCAGCAGCGAUCAUGAAAAUGUGGUCCAACUCAGACCUCAAAAUAUCAACAUUAAACUCAGAGUUGGAGUUCCACAUGAAUUCACAGUUGAGUUUAAGAGGGCUAAGGGUUACCCUAUAGAUCUGUACUACCUGAUGGAUCUGAGCUAUUCCAUGAAAGAUGAUCUGGAACAAAUCAAAACCCUGGGGCAGAAAAUCCUAAAGAAGCUGAGAGCCAUCACAGACACUGUCCGGAUCGGUUUCGGGUCUUUUGUUGAUAAGGAGAUGUUGCCGUAUGUCAGUCAGGUGAAGGCAAGACGUCAGAACCCCUGCCCCAAUCGCAUAGAUACCUGCCAACCAGCUUUCAGUUUUAAGAAUGUCCUGCCCCUGACUUACGAUGCCAGGGAGUUUGAACGAGAAGUUAGCAAACAGAAUAUCUCUGGCAACCUGGACGCUCCUGAGGCUGGUCUGGAUGCCAUUAUGCAGGCUGCGGUCUGUAAGGAUAAGAUCAGAUGGGGUGAUGUGACACGGAUUCUGGUUUACACAUCUGAUGAUACUUUCCACAUGGCAGGAGAUGGACGACUAGGUGGUGUCUUUCAGCCACAUAAUGGACAGUGUCAUCUCAGUGAUCAAGGUUCCUAUAAUGGAAGAGCCUAUGAUUACCCAUCAGUGGGCCAUGUAUCUAGGGUUCUGCAGGAUAACAAUAUUCAGCUCAUAUUUGCUGUGACUGAGGGCAUCUAUCCAGCAUAUAAGGCAUUAAGUGCAUUGAUUCCUCAGUCAGUGGUUGGUGUAUUAAAGAAUGACUCCAGUAAUGUUGUAGAUCUCAUCUCUGAAGCCUAUGGGAAUUUGUCGUCCACGCUGGUGUUAGAGCAGGAGGGAGCUCCAAAAGAAUUGGAUGUGUCCUACGGGUCUUCAUGUAAGGGGAAUCAGGCAGAUAUUGAAUGGAAGGAGAAAGGAGAGUGUCAAGGUAUCAAGCAUGAGAAGAUUACUUUCAAAGUACGUUUGAAUGCGUCUGCAUGUCUGAAGGAGCCGCAGACAUUUCGGAUCAAAAUGCAAGGUAUCAGUGAGGAGGUGAAGAUCACAGUGUAUACGGAGUGUCACUGUGACUGUGGUGUUCCAGAGAAGGCUUCCAAACACUGUAACAGUUCAGGAAUUCUCUCAUGUGGCAUGUGCAGCUGUGAUGAAGGGUAUUUGGGUCAGCGCUGUGAGUGUGUGCAACAGAGUGAUGCGGACUCUGUUGCCAACAUGCUGGCAUCCUGUCGGCCUGACAAUAGCUCACUGGUUUGCAGUGGACACGGCACCUGUGAGUGUGGCAAGUGUGUGUGUCAAGGCCAGUUCAGUGGGAAAUUCUGCGAAUGGGAUGACAAUAGUUGUGAAUACCAUAAUGGCUUUCUCUGUAAUGGUAAAGGCAGAUGUAUGUGUGGAAAAUGUAUCUGUUCUAAUAACUACACGGGGUCUUCAUGCGAGUGCUCGCCUAGCCAAGACAAGUGUAUCAAUGACAAACGACUUUGCAGUGGUCAAGGCAAAUGCACUUGCAACCGUUGUCAGUGUAACCCAGGCUUCAAGGGAGAGCACUGCUCUGCAUUCAUUAAUGAUUGCAUGCUGUUGAAGGACUGUGUGGCUUGUCACAAGGUAGUUGGUACUCCUGAUACCAAUGUCUGUGCUAUAAGAUGUUUGAAUGCUACAGUAUCUCGUCUCGAAGGAACUCGUGAGCUGCAUUGCACAUAUCAAGACACCAUUUCGUACGAUGUGAAACUUGGUGAUGAUGGCAAAAUUGUACUUCAGUAUGCAGACCUGCCUCGUUCUGUUGAUAAGACGACACUUAUAAUUGGCAUCUCUGUGUCAGGCAUAAUUUUAAUUGGCGUUAUAAUAAUCAUUAUUUACCGUUGCCUACUGGAACUGUAUGACAUUAGAGAGUACCAGAACUUUGUCAAAGCACAGAAACAGACUGAAUGGAAAGAGGUCCAGAACCCUCUUUUCAAAGGUGCCACGACAACGGUGUAUAACCCUUUGCAUAUGAAACACGACGAAAACGAAAAGGAACAUUCUGAGCAGAUUAUUUAAAGGGGUCGUUGAUCAGCUUUUUUCGAAGGCUUGAUUGUGUUUAUGGGGUGCAGUGGGACAUGUGCUCAUUAUUUUCACACAUUGUACCUUUAUUCUACACCGCUGUUUCCGUUCUCGUCAAAACGGUCUGUUGAGUUACUGGUUCUAUGAAGCCCCUCCCUCAGAAAUAUGCAGUCGGGCUCAGAUUGGUUAGCUGGCCCAGUGUGUUGUGAUUCACUAACCGCCUAAUGCACUUUGUCCGGAAAUGUCAUGCCCCCUUACCAUUAGGGGUAGUUGCAUGUUCCCGGGGACAGGAUUUAUGUAAACAUGUCACAA